CAGUUGUGAGUAUCAUUCAUCUAUUUAAAUCUCUUCAUCUUUCAAUAGGUCUCGUGUCUCACAAGAAACAAAGUUCAUCUGCUAAUAUCACUCUCUCUUCUCCUUACUAAUUACGUUUUCACCGUAAGUUUUACAAUCGCGGUGGACACAAUGAGUUCCUCAGGAGAAGAACGAGGUGUUGUUGUUGCCGAGUCCGAGCCGCCAAGAGGGAAUAGAAGCCGAUUUGCUUUUGCUUGUGCAAUCUUAGCCUCCAUGACUUCUAUCAUCCUUGGUUAUGAUAUUGGAGUGAUGAGUGGAGCUGCAAUUUUCAUAAAAGACGAUUUGAAGCUGUCGGACGUACAACUUGAGAUUCUUAUGGGAAUUCUAAAUAUCUAUUCUCUGAUCGGUUCAGGAGCAGCUGGAAGAACUUCCGAUUGGAUCGGAAGACGAUAUACCAUAGUGUUGGCAGGAUUCUUCUUCUUUUGUGGAGCCCUACUAAUGGGUUUUGCCACUAACUAUCCUUUCAUUAUGGUCGGCCGUUUUGUAGCCGGUAUCGGUGUCGGUUACGCUAUGAUGAUUGCGCCUGUUUAUACCACGGAAGUCGCUCCAGCCUCUUCUCGAGGCUUCCUUAGCUCUUUCCCUGAGAUAUUUAUCAACAUUGGUAUACUAUUGGGAUACGUAUCCAAUUACUUCUUCGCCAAGCUUCCAGAGCACAUUGGAUGGAGGUUCAUGUUAGGUAUUGGAGCUGUGCCCUCAGUGUUUCUAGCCAUUGGAGUGUUGGCAAUGCCCGAGUCUCCACGGUGGCUCGUCAUGCAGGGUCGUCUAGGGGACGCUUUUAAAGUCCUUGACAAAACCUCAAACACCAAAGAAGAAGCCAUCUCAAGGCUCAAUGACAUCAAACGCGCAGUUGGAAUCCCCGAUGAUAUGACAGACGAUGUUAUAGUCGUUCCGAAUAAAAAGAGCGCUGGAAAAGGCGUGUGGAAGGACCUUCUCGUUCGACCAACCCCGUCCGUUCGACACAUCCUCAUAGCAUGCCUUGGUAUCCAUUUCUCCCAGCAAGCCUCCGGAAUUGAUGCUGUCGUGCUUUACUCUCCGACCAUCUUCUCAAGGGCUGGACUGAAGUCCAAGAAUGACCAGCUCUUGGCUACGGUCGCUGUCGGAGUUGUCAAGACUCUCUUCAUCGUAGUAGGAACUUGUUUGGUGGACCGGUUUGGACGUCGUGCCUUGUUGCUUACGAGUAUGGGUGGAAUGUUUUUUUCCUUGACCGCCCUUGGAACUAGUCUCACGGUGAUCGACAGGAACCCCGGGCAAACACUCAAGUGGGCUAUAGGGCUCGCCGUUACGACGGUGAUGACUUUUGUCGCAACAUUCUCAUUAGGUGCAGGCCCCGUGACGUGGGUCUACGCCUCAGAGAUAUUCCCCGUGAGGCUAAGAGCGCAAGGAGCAAGUUUGGGAGUGAUGUUGAAUAGACUAAUGAGUGGUAUUAUAGGAAUGACAUUCCUAUCUCUUUCUAAGGGUCUCACCAUCGGUGGUGCAUUCCUUCUCUUCGCCGGAGUUGCGGUUGCCGCGUGGGUCUUCUUCUUCACUUUCCUCCCGGAGACACGUGGUGUGCCUUUAGAAGAAAUAGAGAGUCUCUUCGGGAGCUACAGCGCAAACAAAAAGAACAAUGUUAUGAGCAAAGGGAAACAAGUAGUUGAUGAACAAUGAGAGUGAAACAAAAUUUGCUUCCAUUUCAUUAUUUGGUUAAUGGAACGUCGAUACCAAAAGACUCGGUUCCGAUCCGAGUCUUCAUCGGGCGAGUGUGACCAAUAAGAAAAUUAAUAAAGAAUUUUACUUGCCAUCUCUAAAUUCAUGUUGUAUAUCUUUAAUAAGUUGUUUGCAGAGAACGAGAUUAAGAAU